UUAGGCCAAACAUCGAACAUGGGCAACACCUUCACUUGGCUGUGGGCACUGGCACUGCUACAGGGGGCUCUGGGCGCCGCUGUGCCAGAGACAGACAGUCGUAUACGCUAUGACAAUUAUGCGGUGUACAAAGUCAAAUACGAGAGUGUGGAACAGCGAAAUCUGUUGGAAAAACUGACAGAGGAUCGCGCGAAUGUAAGGCUCUGGCAUGAGGCCAAGGAUGAGCUGCAUUUGAUGAUCAGUCCCCAGAGCUUGUCGGAGUUUCAGACAAAAGUGCGGCAGGCCAAUGCCAGCGCAGAGAUUUUCAUAGCCAAUGUGCAGGAUCUAAUCGACAUGGAAACGACCGAAAACUCACGAGGCACCAGCGAUGAAUUUGGCUGGAAGCGGUACAAUUCCUUGGCCCAAAUUGAGGCCUGGCUGGAUGAGAUACUCGCACGUUAUCCGGUCAUAACCGAAGGCUUUAUCGUGGGUCAAUCCUACGAGGGCAGGACCAUAAGGGGCAUUAAAAUCUCCUACAAAUCGGGCAAUCCGGGCGUCUUUAUAGAGUCGAAUAUACACGCCAGGGAGUGGAUUACCUCGGCCACGGCCACUUGGCUGAUUAAUCAGUUUCUGACCUCGGAGGAUCCGCUGGUGCGGACUCUAGCCGAGAGCCAUGACUGGUACAUUGUGCCGGUGCUGAAUGUGGAUGGUUUUGUCUACACACACGAGAAGGAUCGCAUGUGGCGCAAGACGCGUCAACCUUCGGCCACUUCCAGCUGCAUUGGCGCUGAUCCCAAUCGCAAUUACGACUCCCAUUGGAUGGAGAACAAUGGCGCCUCCUCGAAUCCCUGUGCGGAGAACUAUGGCGGCCCGCAGCCCUUCUCCGAGCCAGAGAUCAAAGCCAUGUCCGAGUUUGUGGCUGGCAUCAAGGACAAAGUGAAUGUCAUGCUGGCCUUUCACUCCUACAGUCAGCUGCUGCUGUCGCCCUAUGGCCAUACCGAGGAGGAACUGCCGCCGAAUUACGAUGAUUUGAUGGAGGUGGCCAAGGCCUAUGCGGAUGCCGUGGAGGCGAUGCCCUAUGGCACGGUGUACAGAUAUGGCACAGCGUCGGGAAUAUUGUAUAUCGCCUCGGGUGCCACCAAUGAUUGGGCCUACAACGAGCAAGACAUUCAAAUCUCCUACACCAUUGAGUUCCGUGACACGGGACAUUAUGGCUUCAUUCUGCCCCCGGUGCACAUUGUGCCCAAUGCCGAGGAGGCGCUCUUCGGCAUUGCCGCGCUGCUGGACAAGUGCAAAGAGUUGGGCUAUCUGGCAAUCAAAUAUUGAUCCAGCAAUAAAAGCAUUAAGUAGCGAUUA